CUCGCACAAAUCCCUGGUAGUGUUUCUCCAGGCAUCACUUCCCCUUUCUGUUUCUCGUCAACGAAAUGUCGUCCACAUUGGAGAAAGGCUCUGCAGAUCUUCAACCCGCAGAGCCUAAGAAACAGAACCUCCGCAAAGCCUUCAACCACCUCAAAACUCACGCUGCUGCCGUUGCCAAUUUCACCCUUCAAUGGCAGGACCUGGAGGACCACUUCCUCUCCAUCCACAAUUCAAUCCAAGCCAAACUCCAAGCCGAAAAGACCCAACUUGCUCCAUCCCUCCAAUCCCAAGCCAAUUUCCAACAAACCCUUUUCACUCCCAUUCUCCUUUCCAAAGCCAAAUCCCAGGAAACCCAAUUGAUUCCGACCCUCCAAUCCCAAGAGACCCAAUUGACUCCAGCCCUUCAAUCCCAAGACAAAUGCAAAGAGACCCAAUCCGUUUCCAAAGAAACCCAGUUGGCUCCAACCGUUCAAAUCCAAUUCAGUACAGAAACCCAAUUGAUUCCAACUCUUAAAUCCCAAGCUAAAUCUAAAGAAACCCAAUUUACAACCCUCCAAAGCCAAGCGAAAACUGAAGAAUAUGUGCCCGAAAAUCCAUCUGUUAACGGCAUUCCAAUAUAUGAUGGGAAGGCAUUGUUAUUGUACUUGAAUGAGCAUCAUUUGAAAGACCACGAAUCGAUGCGCGAUGAUUUAUGUAAUGCGCUUAAGGUUUCAGUGGAUUCGGGGAAGCUAGUGCUUGAGGCAAUGAAAUGGUUUUAUUCACUGGAAAAGAAGAAGGGAGAUAUAGAUCCUGAGGUUGCUGCUGUAAGGAGGAGUUCUGUGCUUUUGUUAGAGGAGUUGAUGCGAGUAAGACCGGUUAUUAAAGCAGAAGUGAGAGAAGAGGCAGUGAAACUAGCCGUUGAGUGGAAGGCAAAGUUGAGCGUGGGGGUGGAGAAUUCUUGGAAGAUUUUUAGGUUUUUGCUGCUUUUGAGUGCAUUUGGGUUAACGGGUGAGUUUCAGAGUGACGAGGUUUUGGACCUUUUUGUCUGUGUUCUGCAGCGAAAACACGCCCCUGAGUUGUUUCGAGCUCUUGGUUUUGCUGAUAAGGCCUCUGAUUUUAUCCAAAAACUAAUUUCACAGGAUAAGCGACUUGAUGCUAUCAGAUUUAUUUAUGCAUACGAAAUGGUUGACAAGUUCCCUCCAGUACCCCUGCUUAAAGCCCAUUUGAAGCUUGCCAAGAAGUUUGCGAUGAGUUGCAAGGGAAAAAACUCUCUCAAAGCACAGGAUGAGGCCACAAAUAAAGAAAUAGCUGCUAUAAGAGCUGUAAUAAGAUGCAUUGAUGAUUACCAGCUUGGAUCCCAACUCUCUCCUGAGAACCUUAGAAACCUCAUCAAGCAUCUGACAGAGAAGAGAAAAGAGACGAAGGCUACUGCAACAGCCUCGGGUUCCAAGGCUCAAGUACGCCAACAGAGUGCAAAUAAACGCACUGCCCCUGACAGCAAAGCUCAAUUGCAUCAGCAGAAGAGAAAUAAGCGUCCUCGAAGAGACGCAGCUUUCUCAAUCCACUCAGCACAGCCAUCUUAUCACAAACCAGCCGGCUUGUAUGUGGGUCAAGGUGCAGAAACGGUAGCAGCAGCUUCUAUGCCUAAUGUUUCUGUUGGCCACUCUUGGCAACCAACUCAUCAUCAACCAGAAAGCUCAUUCACUGGCCAACAUGCACGAUACUUAACCCCAUCUGCUGGACAAUAUAGUAUGGCACGCUCUCCUGAUCCGCCGCAUGCGAGCUUACCAGCCGGACCAUAUGGUUCGCAGCAUUCCAGGAGCUUGACUGGUGGACCUUUCGGAUUGAUGAGCCCCACUCAGACUCGACAGUAUGGAAUGGCAGACUCUAUACCCGGCACCGCCUGCAUGAGCUCAGCAGCGGGGCAUUAUGGAUCAAGUAUUGCUGCAAAUGGAAGCACUGGACGGAUUGGACCAGCUGGAACCCUUACAGCCAUGGGCUAUGCUCCUAGUUCAAGUCCAGACAGAUCCAUUCCUUAUUACUCGGGGCAUCCACCUAGAACCUAUAAUCAUUAUGAUUGGAGUGUAGACUAUGAUGCCCUGCCACCAUCUAUUUAUCGUCAUUAGAUAUUACUGUUUACAAGAAUUUGUAAUGCAGACAUUUCUCUUUACGGUCUUACUUUUGCUUACGGUACAAGCAGUCUUGAGGGGCUUCUUUUCUUGCUCCCUUCUUCUGUCUUAUCUUCCUCGAUGAGACUUGGCUUGUCUUUAGUAGACCUUCUUGUGUACGGCUCUUGCAGGUAGAAAGAAAGGUCGUGCUGGUUUACUCUC